AUGAUCCGGUUCGGGUGCUCUCAGCUGCUGAUCGGCCGGCUGGAUCCGCUGGUGAACCCGGGGGCACCAAUGUCGCCGCACGUCCACCAGAUCGUCGGCGGCAACUCGUUCAACGUCAGCAUGGACCCGGCCACGCACGACCUGGUCAAGGACUCGUCGUGCACGUCGUGCACCUUUUCCGAGGACUUCUCCAACUACUGGACCGCCGUCAUGUACUUCCGCGCGCGCAACGGCACGUACAAGCGGGUGCGUCAGUUCCCCAACGCCGGCCUCCGUACCGACGGCGGCGUGACCGUCUACUACAUCCCACCGUACGACGGCAAGACGACCGUCACGGCCUUCAAGCCCGGCUUCCGCAUGCUCGUCGGCGACGCCGGCCUUGACACCCCCAAGGGCAUGCAGCGCCAGCUGUGCCACCGCUGCCUGUCGCAGUCGGGCGACCGCGGCGGCGCCCCCUGCACCGGGUCUGACACGCAGACCUUCCCGCCCCGGUCGUGCGACGGCGGCAUCCGCACCACCAUCACCUUCCCCACCUGCUGGGACGGCAAGAACACCGACAGCCCCGACCACAAGAGCCACGUCGCCUACCCGGCCACGGGCUCGUUCGAGUCUACCGGCACCUGCCCGCCCACGCACCCCGUGCGCCUACCCCAGCUUAUGUACGAGGUCAUGUGGGAUACCCGGGCCUUCAACGACAAGUCCAUCUGGCCCGAGGACGGAUCGCAGCCGUUUGUGUGGAGCACGGGCGACCACGACGGAUACUCGCAGCACGGCGACUACGUGUUUGGGUGGAAGGGCGACUCGCUGCAGCGCGCGCUCAACGCGCACUGCGGCAACGCCGUGUGCAAGGAGCUGCGCACGCAGACGUCCGAGGAGGCCCAGCGCUGCACGCUGCCGCAGAAUAUUGCCGAGGAUGUUGACGGAUGGCUCGUGAAGAUUCCCGGCAUGGACAUGUGA